AUCAGUGGCCAAUCCAAACACAAGGAAGAAGUGCCCAACACAACUCAAUGCAGAAGGUAUUGCCGCAGAGAAACAUGGUGAUAACAAUAGCUAUAUAAUCAAGUUUGUUACGCAUGUAUGGACACCCCAGUGGGUACUUUGUGUUUUAAGAAACUCUGUCCCUCCAAGGACAGGAUCAAAACCUCCAAGGAGAAGCACAACUUUGUAGUUCUUGGCAAUUUCUUGCAUACAUCAUCUGCCCAGAGGUGGAGCAGUAACAUGAUGACUCUUACAAGCUUCUCUGUUCUGCUUCUGGCCAGUGCAGUCUUUUCUAAGGACAUAUCAUAUACUGAUUUUCUCCAGCAAGUUCAGGCAUGUCCAAAGGAAUGUAGAUGCCCACCUAGCUUUCCUAACGCUGUGUACUGUGACAGCAAGGGGCUAAAACAAAUCCCCCAAAUCCCUCCGCACACCUGGUAUCUGUACCUCCAGAACAACUUGAUUGACACUGUUCCUGAAACAUCUUUGAAGAAUGCCACACAGCUGAAGUGGAUCAAUCUGAACAGAAACAAGAUUACCAACAAAGGGAUUGACAAGGAUGUGUUUAACAAAAUGAAGAAUCUACUUUACCUGUAUAUGGAAGACAAUGAGUUAGAUGAUGUUCCAGGCCCCUUGCCUAACAGCCUUGAACAACUACGUUUAUCAAGGAACAAGAUCUCAAAAAUACCUACAGGGGUCUUCGAUGGUAUGGUUAACCUCACCAUGCUUGAUCUCCAACACAACAAACUUGAGGAUGGGGCCAUCCCAGAAAACACCUUCAAGGAGCUGAAAAACCUUAUCCAGAUCAACCUGGCUAAAAAUAAUCUGAAGAAGAUGCCUUCUGGCCUUCCUGCCACCACCAUGCAGUUAUUCCUGGACAACAACUCCAUUGAGAAAAUCCCUGACAACUACUUCAGCAAGACUCCACAAGUUUCCUUCCUGAGGCUCAACUACAACAAGCUGAUGGAUGGAGGUCUACCGAAGAACAUCUUUAAUGUCUCCACCAUGCUAGACCUGCAGUUGUCUCACAACCAGCUCACCAAGGUGCCCCUCACCCACCCAAGCCUUCAGCACCUCCACCUCGACCACAACAAGAUCAAAAGUGUUAAUGGAACCAUGAUCUGCCCCAUGCCCAUUGGCACUAUUGAUGACUACUUCCAUGAAAAAACACCUCAUCUCCGCUACCUUCGCCUCGAUGGAAAUGAAAUAAGACCCCCGAUUCCCAUGGACCUGAUGAUGUGCUUCAGACGUCUACAGGCUGUUGUUAUCUAAGCCAGAGCUAAAUCCCCAAACAAAUGGUUUAGGGUUUAAGGGAGGAUCACGACCCAAUGUGACUGUGCAAAUAAUGAACAAGCAGAACCAAGUGUUCCCAUGUUUACUAGGCUUUAUGUUUUAAGAACAAGAGUGUCAGGUUACCUAUUAACAAUAUAGUCAUAUAGGGGCAUUGGAUGCUCCUCAAUUAAAAAUAAUAUUUGUGACCACUUAUCUGUAUGCUUAAAGUAAAUCUUCAAAAUUAAUUAAAUGCUCAGAAUGCAAGUUUUGCAGGCCCAGAAAUGUUUUUGUUUUUGUUGUUUUUUUGUUUUUUUUUAAAUCUAUGCUUGGUUAUUUUUUUGACUAUGGCACAGGUUAUUUAAGAAAGUAAAGCUUAUUUGCCACCUGCCUUCUAGGGAAUAUGCAUUAGUUGGGACAGCAAAGAUAUAUCCAAGGGCCCUCUGUGAAAAUGUUAUUUAUAACUGUUUAUAUUGGAUUGGUUUACUCUUCUGACAACUCAGCAUUACCCAAUUGGUAAAUUGUAAUUUGGAACUCAAAGGCUAAGAUAUACAAAGUAUAUAAAUAUGCUUUUAAGCUGUAAAAUAUGUUUUAUCUAAAGAGAAGAUGAUAUUGAAUUAGUGUAUUAUGCAUGUUUUUUGUCAUUUAAAAUAUGUUGUAUAAAACUUAACAUUCAGACAUAUUUAAUAAAUGGUUUGUAUAAUAGUGUAAAUUAAUGGGGAUUUUUGAUUUUAUAAAAUGCCGCACUCCCAUCAAGUCUAAUAAAAAGGUAACAAAAAAGUUCAGUUUACUUAUUCUUUUAUUACUUUAUUUAGCCAUCUUAAGAUGUAAAUAAAUACCUUAUUUUAAGUAUGUACUGUAAUAACUGUGUUUCUUUGGAACAUGUUGAUUCUUGCGUUCCAGAUUUACAGACUAAACCUGGUUCAAAUUUUGGGCUUGUUAGCAACAUUUAGCUUUUUAGCUAAAUUCGCUAAAAGCAUUUUACUCCUAGGCAGUUUAUACAAUUUUGUAUGACAUAAAAUUAUGAAUGCUGUAAAAAGUAAAUAGCAGAUUCUACUGGGAUUUACAGACCUAUAUUAAUUAAUUAUAGUAACAGUUUUAAACCAGGUGAAAUGUUUAACACAAUUGCUCUGGUGCAGACGUAUUUCUUUUAAUUUCCAGAACUUCCAAUCCCUGUGUC